CGGAGCUGUCACGAGGUACGAUUAUUAUAAAAUUCAUCAUUAUAUUUAUCUUAGGGCACGUUAAAUAAUAAAAAAUCUUGUAACUUGUCAGAAAUCAGUGAAAUUUGGUCCAGGUUAUUUGACCAUCGCCCUUUCCUUAAUGGUGAAAUAAAGUUUAUGUUAAAAGAAUUUGAGGAGAAGAGAGGAGACAGAGAAGUUGAAAAUUUAUUUGCAAUUCUUGAAAAACUCACAGAUAUAAAAGACACUCAGUUGGAAAAAGUUGAAAAAGCUUCUAGUACAGCAUUACCAGUUCUUGCAGAAAAAUUAAACCAAGCUUUGCAGCUCUCAGAAGAAAUAGAAGCAGAUUAUCUUGAACUACAAAAGAAAAGUAAACAAAAGUUGGCUGAAAACAAAGAAAAACGACAACAAGAAUGGGAUCAGUUUAUUGAUGAUAUGAACUUUAAAUGCCAGAGAAUUGACAAUACAUUUGAAGAAAAGGAAGAAGAGUUACGAGACUUGUAUGCUGAUCUUAAACAUAAGUUGAAUAUAACUGACAAAUAA